AUUUAUGUGUGUUUUUCACACAACCACGUUUUCUUGUUUUCGCUCAAUAGUACGGUAGAGUGCUUUAACGCAUAAUGUCUAGUUUCAAGACUGCCGAACUUUGCCCGAAACAAAAAACUGAAAUUGUUUCCGAAUAUUGGGACAAUUAUAGGCAGUUAAAUGUGCGAAAGGAAACUGGGGCCGCCAAUUGGGUUGAAUAUCAUCCAGAACAAGAAGAUGUGCUUCUCUUCACAUGCGGAAGCCGGGUGUCAAUUGUUGAUAGCAAUAUGGAACCUACAAAAACUUUUAGUAGAUUCAAAGAAGAUGUGUACAGUGCAAGAUGGCGCUCUGAUGGUUCUUUGAUAACUUGUGGCGGUCAACAGGGAAAACUUCAUGUUCUUCAUCCCCAGCACGGUGAACUGCGAAGAAUAAAAGCUCACAAGCAAGCCAUCAGAAGCUGCGGUUUUACAAAAGAUAAUCAUCGAAUAAUUUCUGGAAGCGAUGACAACGAAGUGAAGAUUUGGGAUAUUGCUACAGGGGAAUGUGUGCAAACUUUUAGAUCUCAUAGCGAUCAUGUGAGAUCAGUGUCUCCAAGUUCGACAAAUUCUCAACACUUUGUUUCUUCUAGUUACGACCAUACCAUAAAGUUGUGGGAUUGCAGACAUCCAGAUACUGAGGUUUUAACAAUGCAGCACAAUACUCCUGUUGAAUGCGUUUUAUUCGCAAAUGAACUUUGCAUUAGUGCUGGAGGAAAUUCUGUAAAGAUUUGGGAUUUAUUAGCCGGUGGCAGAUUGCUUAAAGAGUUACGCGACCAUCAUAAAACUCCAACAUGCGUAAAGUUCUCGUCAGGAAGAAGCUAUAUGCUCACAACAGGUCUUGAUAAAAGGAUUCUUAUCUAUGAUUGGAAUGGUUUUGAAUAUGCUCAUUCAUUUAAAACUUCUGCCCCAGCUCUAUCUGUUGCCGUUUCCAAAGGCGAUAAAAGAUUUUCUGUUGGAUUGGAAGAUGGUUUAAUAACUACCUUUGAGAAGAAAGAAAAAUUAGAGAAAUGGCGCGAGCCUAAAGAAGAAAUAGAAGAAGAUUGGAAGCCAAAAAAUAUGUCUAAAGCCGACAAGCAUCUAAGACAUUUUGAGCAUUCAAAAGCCUUAGAUUUUGUUUUGAAGAAAAAUCAAGGAGGAAUGAAAGUAGAUCAAGUCAUCAGUGUUCUUCAAGAGUUAAUAAGAAGAGAUGUCUUACAUGCAGCAAUUGCAAGUCGAAGUGAGAAAUCUUCACUCGAACACCUUUUAAAAUUUGUAUUAUACAAUAUAGGUGUACAGCGAUAUACAGCUCCUUUAAUAGAAGUAGCUAAUGUCAUCUUAGAUAUUGAGCUACAGACUGAAGAAGUUCCACAACCCGAAGUGGUAGAUUUAUUAAAUAGACUCCGACGAGCAGUUAAAAGUGAAAUUGAAAUGUGCGAUAAGAUCGCUCAAAUGAGGGGUGCUCUUGAAAUUAUAAUGAACUGUAAUUCUGCAUAA